GCGUGGCCAUGGAGGACCUGGGGGAAAACACCACGGUCCUGUCCUCCCUGAGGUCCUUGAACAACUUCAUCUCUCAGCGCGUGGACGGAGGAGCGGGCCUGGAUGCUGCGGCCUCGGCCCCAGGGUCCCUGCAGAUGCAGUACCAGCAGAGCAUGCAGCUGGAAGAGCGGGCGGAGCAGAUCCGGUCCAAGUCUCACAUCAUCCAGGUGGAGCGGGAGAAGAUGCAGAUGCAGCUGAGUCACAAGAGAGCUCGCGUGGAGCUGGAGCGAGCGGCCAGCACCAGCGCCCGGAGCUAUGAGCGUGAGGUGGACCGCAACCAGGAGCUCCUGACCCGGAUUCGGCAGCUCCAGGACCGCGAGGCGGAGGCGGAGGAGAAGAUGAAGGAGCAGCUGGAGCACCACCGGCAGUGCAAGCAGAGCCUGGACGCCGCCAACAAGAGGCUGCGGGAGAAGGAGGACGGCCUGGCCGAGGCUGGCGAGACCAUCAGCGAGUUAAAGGGCAGGAUCUCGGAGCUGCAGUGGAGUGUCAUGAACCAGGAGAUGCAGGUGAAGGGCCUGGAGUCCGAGAAGCAGGAGCUGCAGGAGCAGCUGGAUCUGCAGCUCAGAAAAUGGCAGGAAGCUAAUCAGAAGAUUCAGGAACUCCAGGCUGGCCAAGAAGCCAGGGCAGAGCAGGAGCAGAAAAUCAAGGAUUUGGAGCAGAAGCUGUUCCUGCAGGAGCAGGAUUCUGCGAUUGUGAAGAACAUGAAGUCUGAGCUGGUGCGGUUGCCCAAGAUGGAGCGGGAGCUGAAGCAGCUGAAGGAGGAGAAUGCCUACCUGCGGGAGAUGCGAGAGACCAACGGGCUGCUCAGGGAAGAAGUGGAGGGGCUGCAGCGGAAGCUGAGCCGUCAGGAGAAGAUGCAGGAAAAUUUGGUUGACCUGGAGCUGGAGAAGGAGAGGCUGCUGGCGAAGCUGCAGAGCUGGGAGAGACUGGACCAGACCACGGGCUUGAGCAUCAGGUCCCCGGAAGACCUCUCCCGGUUCAUCGUGGAGCUGCAGCAGCGGGAGCUGGCCCUGAAGGACAGGAAUGGCUCCAUCACCAGCAGCGUCCGGGAGCUGGACAAGGUCAGGCAGCAGCUGCAGGAGGAGGUCCGCCAGGUCAGCGCUCAGCUGCUGGAGGAGAGGAAGAAGCGCGAGACGCACGAGGCGCUGGCCCGCAGGCUGCAGAAGCGGGUCCUGCUGCUGACCAAGGAGCGGGACGGCAUGCGUGCCAUCCUGGGGUCCUAUGACAGUGAGCUGACCCCGGCCGAGUACUCGCCCCAGCUGACCCGACGGAUGCGCGAGGCCGAGGACAUGGUGCAGAAAGUGCACGCCCACAGCUCGGAGAUGGAGGCUCAGCUGUCACAAGCGCUGGAGGAGCUGGGCAGCCAGAAGCAGAGAGCGGACAUGCUGGAGAUGGAGCUGAAGGUGCUGCAGGCCCAGGCGGGCCCCGCCGAGCAGAGCGUCCUGCUGUCCCGGGAGGAGGCGAGCGAGCUCAGGAUGAAGGUGGAGGAGCUGGAAGGGGAGCGCAGCCGCCUGGAGGAGGACAAGCGGAGGCUUGGAGGAGCAGCUGGAGCACCUUCACCCUGCAG